ACGUGUCCACUCCACUGUCAGCUUGGUGGCACGUCACGUUAGCAUUUUGUGAAAUAUCUUUACAUUCCGCAAGUUAAUUUAUUAACGCGAAAAUGGAUUUCUUUUCGUCAAUUCCAACCCAUAUCGAUUACGUGGGUCAAGCGAAAGCGGAGAAAUUAUACAGAGCUAUUAUUACUCUAUUCAGCAUCGUUGGUUUCGUUUGGGGCUACAUAGUGCAACAGUUCUCGCAAUCCGUGUACAUUCUGGGUGCCGGGUUCCUUCUGGCAGCAAUCCUGACUGUUCCCCCAUGGCCCAUGUACCGUCGCAACCCACUCAACUGGCAGAACCCAAAGAACUCGGAAGAAAAGGCGUCAACCAAUAAGAAAGGAAAGAAAUAGUUUGUGAUAUUGUUCAUGUUUCUUGCUGUCCUGUAAUAUACGCAUUUCUCAAAUAAAACAUAGUUUUUAAGAUUCA